AUGGCCCAUUGUUCACUUGCAAAUAUUUCCUUCUUUUUCUUCGCUGCUUUCUGUUCACUCCCUCGUGUAUUUUGUGCUCCACAUGAGGUGCUCGACCCAGAAGGAGUGUCCAGUGGACACCAGCCUACCUCACAACAAAACAGAGCAGCCGAACUGUUGAAUGAAUUCGCAGGUGAAAAUGAUGUUGCAGUGCUCAUGGCAGAAUAUACAAAUGCCCCAGUUCCUUAUGUGCUCGUUGGAGAAGACCGCGAUGACUGCCCGCGAGGAGACCGUGCCCAAGCUGCACGUGCUGUUCCCUCCCACGGUUUCCUGAAUCAUUCAUUGGGAGUCGGCGCAUCCCCUGUGGUUUCCAUAGACGCAAACGGCCGUUCAUCUGGCCCAUGCCCGAAGGUAUUUCUUCAAGAGGCGCCGUAUUACGGAAGAAGGGAGGCUGUUAAAGCAUUGGAAACCACGUUGCAGACCACCUUAGGGGAUUUAACGCAAUCAGUGGAUAUGACGCGCCUGGGGCUCGACCGCGACUUCAACGAGAAAGCAUAUGAGUCCCUGCGCGUGUGCAAUAAUUUUUUCUUCUCUGGAAGUGGAAACACGCGCAGCUCUUCGGAUCCUGCUUGCGUUGUUUCCCAACUGGACGACGCCGCUGUGAACAUCAAGGCGUUGGAUGCUGAAAGCCUAAGUGUGCUACACCCGAGGCUGAAAACUGCCCUUGUGAUUGCUUCUAAUCUUGCCUUCACGCGGCACAAGAAAGAAUGGAUUCGGAAACUUAUUACAUCAAGCAGCUUGCGCCUUGCAUGGCACGUUGUCGAGGCCUUCGCCGGUAUGAAUGUCAACAUGCUGGAAGCCAACGUUGGAGAAGCUUUGAACAGCAUUGUUGUAAAAGACCUGAAACUUCUGCUCCCACUCAAGGACCUCAUUCAGUUUGCCACUACGUGUACUACGUACGAAGAAUACCCUGAGAAGUCCUGGCAAGACGCUGUGCGCAACCCGAGCCCAGACAGCCCUGACUACAAGGAUUACCCUAUUUACGAUUACUUGCGGAAGGUAGGAGCUGAAGUUGCAUUUCCCGUGAACAUACCUUCAGACUGGAAACCCCGCGUAUACGACGGAAAUAGAAUGACACAUCGCGGAGCUGGGGAGCGCAAGCCAUUUAACUCCCCGGCAGAUUGGAAGAAACGAGUUUACGACUCGUGGCACAACCUGUGGAUUUUGCAUCUGGUCACGAUGGAUACCGGAUCCAUGUGGCAGUGGAGUCAUCACCUCAAUGCAAGUACUUUCUUCUUUAAACCGUGGAAGGUCACGCGCGUUGGCACCGUGCAAGUAGCUGAAGCAGAUCUUGAUUUCUUUGACAAGCUGAAGGCACCAAAAGGGCAGCUAUCUGCGCAGUGGGGGCGCAUGGAUUUCUGGAGAUCUCUCGGAGUCCUCGGCUGGAACUGCCCAGUGAGCGAAGCGUCGGUCCCCUGUCCGCCGAAGGUACAUGAAGACAGGUGUGGAAUUGAUGCAACUUAUCUCCGGCCUGUAGAAUCACCUUGGCUCUUCCGACUCGAAAGAGAACCCGAAUGGGUGACUUGGGAAAUCGAUGAGAAAAACAACGACUACGUAGACAAGAUAUGGAUGUGGCUCCUGAAUACCAUGUGGGAAACGACAGUAGACCCAGAGCUGUCCCGUUCGGGAGAGGGUAAAGUCCAUUCUGGGUUCCUGUUUGCCUUUAAACAUAUCUUCAAAGCAAUGCUGGAAGAUGACCUGCGGGAAGUGAAGGAGAAAUCUAAAGCCACAGGAAAGCGGCAGGUGUUACUUUUCACCGGCCAUUCGCUAGGGGGGGCCGUCGCCCAAAUAGCUGCCUGGUACCUCGCGAACAAGGCUCGCUCCCUGCUGGAUGCAGGGCUUCUUCAGGUUCGCUGUGUAACUUUCGGUGCCCCCGCGUGGGGCAACGAGAUGGCGUACAAAGAGUUCAUGAAUACCGGCGUGCUUAUACAUGACAUUGCCACUAGCAUGGAUCCUGUCACCACACUUAACGGCGAGCCAGCACUCGGCCAUGGAUUGCAAUGGAGGAAACCGUUUCAUUACAGGAUUAUGCUGGACGACUUCGAUGAGGUGGUUGUCGCCUCUAAGAAUCCAACGGAGCCGAACUUCUUCGGCCGUCUCUGGACACGCACCGACUUGCACGCAGGUAACUUUUUGAAGCGAACAUUUGGCGCCCUCGCAAGCAUGAACCACGUGGACUCGGUGUUCCUGAAUCCUGUUUUAACGCACUUCCUCUCCUAUACUGCAGUGCUGACCAUCAUGGCCGACUUAGUGCCCGAAGCUGACUUUGGUUCAGCGCUCGCCGCGCCUCUUCUAAACGACCCGCCAAGCAGUUACGCUUCCCAUACGUUGUGCACUGCACUCAUAGCCACUCAGGGAAGGAUGAAGUGGGUUAUGAACCAACUGGCACUUGAAACUAGCAGGGCCCGCAAGCCACCACUUCACGCGCACUGA